AGAAAAGAGACAGACAGAAAGAAAGAAAGAGAGGGAGCGGAGUGACGGAGCGAUAUCGUUUUAUUUUACAUGAUUAAAACACUACAGGAGGAGGAACACGCUCACGGAUCAAUAGACACAUAUCAGAAACACACAGUCCGUCAUGGAGUCCUAUGACAUUUUAGCCAACCAGCCGGUGGUGAUCGAUAAUGGUUCAGGGGUGAUCAAGGCUGGUUUUGCAGGAGACCAGAUCCCCAAAUACUGUUUCCCCAACUAUGUUGGGCGUCCCAAGCAUGUCCGCGUGAUGGCAGGAGCCCUGGAGGGAGAUAUGUUCAUCGGACCCAAGGCAGAGGAGCACCGGGGCUUGUUGUCGGUGAGGUAUCCGAUGGAGCACGGCAUCGUGAAGGACUGGAACGACAUGGAGAGGAUCUGGCAGUACGUUUACUCCAAAGAGCAGCUGCAGACUUUCUCUGAAGAGCAUCCUGUUCUGCUGACCGAGGCUCCUCUCAACCCCAGCAAGAACAGAGAGAAGGCCGCAGAGGUUUUCUUUGAGACCUUCAACGUUCCCGCUCUCUUCAUUUCCAUGCAGGCUGUACUCAGUUUGUACGCUACAGGUCGUACCACCGGUGUCGUGUUGGACUCCGGAGAUGGCGUAACCCACGUGGUGCCGAUCUACGAAGGCUUCGCCAUCCCUCACUCCAUCAUGCGGGUGGACAUCGCCGGUAGAGAUGUCUCGCGGUACCUUCGGCUGCUGCUACGCAAGGAAGGCUACAACUUCAACACCUCCGCAGAGUUCGAGGUGGUUCGCACCAUCAAAGAGAGAGCUUGUUAUCUCUCCCUCAACCCCCAAAAAGAUGAGACUUUAGAAACAGAGAAGGCUCAGUAUGUUCUCCCCGAUGGAAGCGCUUUGAAUAUCGGUCCGGCGAGGUUCCGCGCUCCAGAGCUGCUGUUCAGACCCGACCUGAUCGGAGACGAGAGCUCGGGGAUCCACGAGGUUUUGGCCUACGCUAUCCAGAAGUCUGACAUGGACCUGCGACGCACGCUUUUCUCCACUAUAGUGCUGUGUGGAGGGUCGACACUGAUCAAAGGUUUUGGAGAAAGACUACUAACUGAAGUCAAGAAGCUCGCACCCAAAGACGUGAAGAUCAAGAUCUCUGCUCCACAGGAAAGGCUGUACUCAACAUGGAUCGGCGGCUCCAUCUUGGCGUCGUUGGACACCUUUAAAAAGAUGUGGGUGUCGAAGCGUGAAUAUGAAGAAGACAGAGCACGUGCCAUCCACAGGAAGACCUUCUAAUUUUGGGAGAGAGGGAUCCAAAACAUCUUGCGAUUUCCCCUCCUCCUCCUCUUCCUCCAAAUCUCCCCCUCAAACCCAAGAACUGCCCUCAAACCUCCCCCUUCCUCCUCCUCCCACCUCCCUUCUCCUGCACCAGUCACCUGCAGGCAUCUCUGCAUCAUCCUUUAUCAAACCCAGCCGCUUCUUUAAAACCACUGUCGGCCUCCCGCUUUACCCGACGCACACAAACGUUCAUGUGUGGUCGUCUCCGUAUUUCCCUCCUUUUCCAUACUUCCUCCCCCCUUCCUGCUCCUCUUCCUCUUCCUCCCCUCUCCAUCUUCCAUUCACUCCUACUCAUACACACACACAUACAUACAUACAUACAGAGGGCCGUCAGGGUAUCUCAGAGGGUGAUGAUUAGCACUGUGGACUCCUCACUUAUUACAGUUCAUGCUAUUCUAUCAUUUAGUCCACAUUGAAGUAUUGAUAUUUGCUCUCUUGCGUACAAACAAGAACCCUGCAAGGUGUAGAAUAUCAUGAAAUGUCAAUAAACGUGAAUGUUUUUUUUUUCUUUGCUACUGUUGAAAUUUCCAUUCCAAAACCGAAGAUAUAGAUUUUUAUUUGAUGUCCAUUUUGUAGGCUUCUACUUUUUUCUUUUGAAGUUUUUGCUGACAUGGAUUAGUUCAUCCAGAACAAAGGUUUUCAAGUACUAUAAUUAUAAUAAUAAUAUGUAGUGCUAGUGUCAGUGAAGGUUAAAGAUAACCACUGUAUUAUAUUUAUGAUAUCUGGCCUAAAACUGCACAGGUUUCAUCUUUUGGUGCAAAGUUAAAGCGGUUUAAAAAACUAAAAUCUGUCUCUCUCCAAUCACCUCAUUUAAUCUGUCGUCAUUAUUAUUAUUAUCGAUUAAAUGUUUUUACAUCACAUUUGUGUCGCCGUCGGCUUUUUUUUUGUCUCAGCUGACGGGAUUAAAACAAAAAGUUUAGGAGAUGCCUUGAUUUUUAAGAAAAUCCAAUCGACUUGGUUUCCACAUUUACAAGCGGCCGAGAUGCACAGUUAAAGGAGGAAUCUGGGAUUUUUCUAUAUGUCUCAUUUAUAAAGUGGCCGAUUUUUACACUUGAAGUCUAGAUUUGGUAGAUUUGGGAAACGUGACUUAAGGUAAAGCAUUAUUUAAAAGACGAACAGCACUAAUAAACUUUAAUUUUACAGAAACUAUUGAGAACUUUUGUCUUAAAAUCUAAAUAAAUGUAAAAACCUGCCGGCUAACCGAAGUAAAUAUCAAUUAUCUCGCUUAUAACAUGAUUCAACAAUUAUUACAGAAAUGUCGUAAAAGGCUGCGACAGCUUUGUAGAGAUGGUUAAUGUUGUUACUUUUGGACCAAAACUGUCUUUUCUUCUUCCACUCGGUUUAUAAAAGUUCUGGCUGAUGCUUAAUUUAACUUAUCAGUGAGCUACAGUUAGAAUUCAUACGUUGACCAUCAAAGUGAAAUAAUUCACAAUCAUCCUCGUAUUUAAUUCUGCGGAUAAUCAGCCGCUGCACUUUUAAGACAAUAACGUAAAAAAAAAAAAAGAAAACAGUGUGAGGUUCGUUGAGUUAGCCGGCAAGUUUGUGUCUGGUCAUAAUUACGACAUUCUGACUUAAAAUUUGCAUUAACAUCCAAAUCCUAGCGUUUGUCAGUUCGUACAACAUUCGUAAGUGUCUGGGGGAAAAAAGCAAAAGUUGACAACUAAUGUUAACCGAAAAUGUCAUUUACGUGGAUUAAACCCACAUUUACUGAACACGUUAAACACUACAGUAUUUUAAACUUCGUACAAACGUCUUGAGUUGUUAUGUGACGUUAAAUAAAAGUCGUAAACAUGGCGGUCCAUCCCGCGAGAUGUGAACGAGGCAUCGGACACAAGCGUUUAAAAGGAUUUCUGUCAAGCUGAAGUUUAUUCCGAAAGCUGUAUGCUAACGUCACAUUUUCACGAAUUUCCCAAACAGAGCUGACAAGUGUAAAAAUCGGCACGACAGAAUGGGACUCGAUUAUGAGAAAAAUACCAGAAUUUCCUCCUUAAUAGGUUUUUUUUUCCCUUUCUUUCUUUCAGGUGUAAAAUUCAGCAGAUACGAUAAAAGUUCAAAAUAGCUGUCCGAGUUAGCCCUCCUGUCUGUUCGAAGCUCUUUGCUUUACUGAGUUGCAUGUCGGUUUAAUAGUGUACAGAUGAAUUCAGAGACACGACGCCAGGCUCUGGAGUCUGGACGGUGAAACACUGAGAAUCCACAGAAAGCAAACAUGGCUGAUGAUCAGUUUUUGUAUUCUUCUUCUUCUUCUUCUUCUUCUUCUUCUUCUCCUUCUUCUCCUCUCUCUCCCUUCUCCCUUCCCCUUUAUCCCUCCAUCUCUGCGUACUAGUAAAAAAAACAAAAAGUCUGGGUCUUAUGAUUUCCCUGCAUCAGCAAAGGCAAGUGAAGGGGUCGUGUCCACACUUCCUGUGUCUGCCUUACUCCAGAGCGUUUCCAAGCGCCGGAGCGUCCACGUCGUCUGCUUUUGGGUGUUUUUAAAAAGUGGAAGAAAAAAAGGUUUAAAAAAACAAAAAAGGAAAGAAAAAAAAAGGUUGUAAAAUGUCAUCAGCCUUGUGUACAGUGGGAUGCUUUUCAAAAACCAACACCACAGAACCAGAAACCAUAGGAUAACAGACUAAAAAUGUACAAUACUGUUUAUUCAAGUGUUUGCUUUUACUUUUUCGUAAAAUUCAAUAUAAUAAAUAAGUUAAUGGCUGCUG